UUUAUCAAACGCAGCGUAAAGGAAUUAAACAAUUCACAACUGAUUCAAAUAAACGAAGGGCUCAGAAAUCGAAAUCCUUGACAUUGCACAAGUAGCAGAAAAAGCAAGAUUAGAAAACCCGCGGUAAAUGGAAAGAGGCACAAACACUGCUUCGACGACGAUGGAUAACCCAAUUGCAGACCCCGAUCGAGAUUCGAUACCUAUGCCUAUACAAAACAAUCCGGAUUCCCAUGAAAGUCGUUUUGAACCGAAACCCUUGCUCGAUCAGAAUGAGCUCCUUAAAGCUAUCGAAAUCGUUGAAAAGGAUUCACUGGCCAUUGCCGAGAGCUUCACGUCCCUCUUCUCCUCCCUCCGCUUGGCUCUAUCUCAGGCCACCAACAACUCGAUCGAUCAUAUGCAAUGCUUCAGCGAUGUUGUUGGCCGCCUGCAAGAAUCUGCACUUGAUGCAGCAACCAGGGGAAACAGAUACAUAAAUUCAUGUCUCAGGUUAAAUGAGGAAAUGAAAGGCAUUGAAAAUCUAGCUGUACAGUUGAAAAUCCUCAGGAGUAAUGUAGAUGCCCUGGAUUCAGCAGUGAAUAGGCUCAUCUGAUUUCCAUUAUUUUAUGGCAUUCCAGCACGUUAGAACUACUCAAAAACGUUUGAUUGGUGAAACUGCCUUUGAAGAUGCUACGUGCUGUUCCUAGAGAGCUUUCAAGGUUGAAGAUGCCUUAAAGUCUGGCUCUUCUGCAAACAAAUUCUGAAGGGUAUGCCAUUUCAUGACCUAUAAUAUAUUGAUUGCAUCCAAAAUCAUAAAAAGAAUAAACAAAUAGAGUUUUCUCCAAUAUGGAUGUUUUAGCGAGAAGAUACAUUGUCAUCAAUACCGUCAUUAAUGGGAUGACCAUUAAGGUUGAUUGUCUGCUUUGACGUUGGUUUGUUUACAGAAGGUUGAAUACCGGUAAGAUUACAGUGUAUCAUUAACUUGGAUGUGGUUAUAAAGGAAAGUAAGAGGUUACAGUUACAGAGAAUUUGACUGUUAAGAGGAUGUUACUGUUACAGUGUUAAAUAGAUUUCAUUAGUUCAUUUAGCAUGAAGUGCAAGCAGGUUGUUGAACCAUCAGAAA